CAGAACCAAACAGACAAAGCAACACAACAACACAAAGUUGCCUCUCCUAACAAAAAAAUACACAAUUCUCUCUCUUCAUUUCUAUAUUGUAAUUCUCUCUUAGGGUUUCUCAUUUCCUACUGUCUUCAGUUUCUUCCAAAUUCUUUGAUACCAACGCUUGGAAUCCAGUCCCCCUUCGUGUGAUCUGGGCCAAUUAGGGUUUUCGCAUGAGUCCUCCAGCUGAAUCCAACACGAUGGAAGAUGGCACGCGAGAAAAUGCCACAGACCAAGUUGUGUCUCGCUUCAACGAGUUCCUCAAGAAUGAAUUAGCAUUGGAAGAGAAAAGCUGUAAAGAGGCAAUCAAUUUGCUUGGAGAAACCAAACAUAUACUUCUGACAAAUAUUUCGUCAAUGGGGAAUGGAACGUCUGAAGAAGCUGAGCGGUAUUGGUUUGCUUUUAUUUCGUACUCUGUCAAGAAAUUGAUCCACAAAAAUGAGGAGGCUGGAAAGGAAGAGAAUGUGAACUCCGGGCUUAGCUUGUGUCGUAUAUUGAGAGCAGCUAAGCUCAAGUAUUUUACUGGCCUUUUGACUAGCAUGUUAGUUUGUACUUUGUAUUUUUUUAGUACUUACUGUCAUAUUCAUUUUCUAUUAAACAGCAUUGCAGAUUUUUUCAAAGAACUUCCACAGUUUGUUGUUAAGGCUGGUCCAACAUUAAGUAAUAUAUAUGGAACAGAUUGGGAAAACAGGCUGGAGGCGAAGGAGAUACAUGCCAAUGCUAUUCACUUAAAGAUUCUUAGCAAGUACUAUAAACGUGUAUUUGGAGAGUUCUUUGUGACAACUGACUCAAAUGCUGAAAAGAACUCAUCUGUUACUGUUCAUGCAUCUGAAUACCAUAGAUUUGGUUGGUUGCUUUUCUUAGCUCUUCGUCUACAUGCUUUCAGCCGCUUCAGAGACUUGGUGACUUGCACCAAUGGUCUAAUUUCAAUCUUGGCCAUCUUAAUUAUUCAUGUUCCUACUCGGUUUCGGAAUUUCAACAUUCAUGACUCAUCACGCUUUGUUAAGAAAAAUAACAAAGCUGUGGACCUCCUUGCUUCACUUUGCAACAUAUACAACACUACUGAAGAUGAGUUGAGGAAAACAAUGGAGAAAGCCAAUAAUGUAAUAGCAGAUAUAUUGAAGAAGAAGCCCUGCUUGGCAUCUGAAUGCGAAACUGAAAACUUAGAAAAUAUUGAUAAAGAUGGUUUGACGUAUUUUAAAGACUUGAUGGAAGAAUCAUCUCUACCUUCUAGUUUAAAUUUAUUAGAAAAAGAUUAUGAUUACAUGAUUCGCAACAAGAGUGAACUGGAUGAGAGGUUAUUCAUUAAUGAAGAUGACAGCCUAUUAGCUUCUGGAAGCUUGUCUGGAGGUUCUGUUUCAGCAGGUGGUGUAAAGAGGAAAUUUGAUUCACUGGCAUCACCUGCUAAGACCAUUACAAGUCCACUCUCACCUCACCGCUCUCCCUCAUCACAUGCUAAUGGCAUCCCUGGUAGUGCAAACUCAAAGAUGGCAGCCACCCCUGUAAGCACAGCAAUGACUACAGCAAAGUGGCUUCGAACUGUCAUUUCUCCACUUCCACCAAAGCCCUCGCAAGAGCUGGAACGAUUUCUGACAUCAUGUGAUAGGGAUGUUACAAGCGAUGUAGUGCGCAGAGCACAAAUUAUAUUGCAGGCUACAUUUCCUAGUAGUCCACUUGGAGAACUAUGUGUAACUGGAAGCCUGCAAAGUGCAAACCUCAUGGACAAUAUAUGGGCAGAACAGAGAAGAUUGGAAGCACUGAAGUUAUACUACAGGGUCUUGGAGGCAAUGUGCAGAGCUGAAGCUCAAGUUUUUCAUGCAACUAAUUUGACCUCUCUUCUUACCAAUGAGAGGUUUCAUCGUUGUAUGCUUGCAUGUUCUGCAGAAUUAGUCCUGGCAACUCAUAAGACUGUAACAAUGUUGUUCCCUGCAGUACUUGAGAGGACUGGAAUUACAGCCUUUGAUCUUAGCAAGGUGAUUGAAAGUUUCAUUAGACAUGAAGAAUCUCUGCCAAGAGAAUUGAGGCGACAUCUGAAUUCAUUGGAAGAGCGACUUUUGGAGAGCAUGGUAUGGGAAAAGGGUUCUUCAAUGUAUAAUUCUUUGGCAGUUGCCAGACCUGCCCUUUCUGCAGAGAUUAACCGCCUGGGGCUGUUAGCUGAACCAAUGCCAUCAUUGGAUGAAAUUGCAAUGCAAAUUAACUUCUCUUGUGGAGGGCUGCCACCAGUGCCUACCUUACCCAAGCUUGAAAGUUCACCAACUCAGAAUGGGGAUAUCAGAUCACCAAAGCGAAAUGUGCUGAUGGAAAGAAAUUCGUUCACUUCUCCUGUGAAGGAUCGGCUUCUUCCUUUCAGCAACCUGAAGUCAAAACUACCCCCACCUCCUUUGCAGUCCGCGUUUUCCAGCCCAACAAAGCCAAAUCCAGCAGGUGGAGGGGAAACGUGUGCAGAAACUGGGAUUAACAUCUUUUUCGGCAAGAUCAUUAAGUUGGGAGCGGUCAGAAUUAGUGGCAUGGUUGAAAGACUACAAUUGUCUCAGCAGAUAAGGGAGAAUGUAUACUGUCUUUUCCAGCGGAUCCUAAAUCAACGGACAUCUCUCUUUUUCAACCAUCAUAUUGACCAAAUCAUCUUGUGUUGUUUCUAUGGAGUUGCAAAGAUUUCACAAUUAAACCUAACUUUUAGAGAGAUAGUAUACAACUACAGAAAGCAACCACAUUGCAAACCACAAGUUUUCCGCAGUGUAUUUGUUGAUUGGUCAUUAGCACGCCGAAAUGGGAGAACAGGACAGGAUCAUGUUGACAUUAUCACCUUUUACAAUGAAAUAUUUAUUCCCUCAGUGAAGCCUCUGUUGGUUGAACUCGACCCUUCUGGAGCAACGACAAAAAAUGACCGAAUACCUGAAGUUAUUAAUAAAAAUGAUGGCCAUUUAGCUCAAUGUCCAGGAUCUCCUAAAAUAUCAUCUUUCCCUACCCUUCCCGAUAUGUCUCCAAAAAAAGUAUCUGCUACACACAAUGUAUAUGUCUCUCCGUUACGAUCGUCCAAGAUGGAUGCUCUAAUAUCACAUAGCUCCAAAAGCUAUUAUGCUUGUGUUGGGGAGAGCACUAUUGCUUAUCAGAGCCCUUCAAAAGACCUGACUGCCAUCAAUAACCGUUUGAAUGGCAACAGGAAGGUGAGAGGACCCCUGAAUUUUGAUGAUGUUGAUGUGGGCUUGGUUAGUGAUUCUAUGGUUGCAAACAGCCUCUAUCUGCAGAAUGGAAGUUGUGCAUCAUCAUCAGGUGCACCAGUGAAAUCAGAGCAACCUGAUUCUUAAAGCUCCAUGUUGUGUAUAUUCUGCUUGUCUCCUCUCUCUCGAGUCCAUAUAAUAUUAGCAGCUUUUAUGAGAAGGGGUAAUGAAUGAGCGGUGAGAUUGUAGAAUGCCGCCACAACCCUCUUGUACUUCUGUGUAUGUUGUUAGGAAUUAAAUGCAGAAUUUAGGUCUCUGAUUAUCUAAUCAAUAAUAGCUUCUUUUCCUAGUUCA